AUGAUUCCAAAUAUUCCAGUAAAUGCCCAAUGGAGCAAGAAUGGAGUGACUGUUGCUGGUGGUCUUCAAUGGGGAUUUGCCAUGAAUCAACUCCAAAAUCCUCGCGGUAUCUUUGUUGAUGAUGAUCAAACAGUGGUUAUCGCUGACUGGCGCAAUGCGCGUAUUGUUCAAUGGAAGUUGAAUGAUACAAAAGGACAAGUAGUAGCUGGUGGUAAAGGCUUUGGAAGUCAAUUAGACCAACUGAAUGGUCCAACUGAUGUUUUGACUGAUAGAGAGAUGGAUAAUCUCAUUAUUUGUGAUCGAGUAAAUCGACGAGUCGUACAAUGGUCUCGUCGUCAUAACACAACUCAAGGAGAAAUCCUCGUUGAGAGAAUUCCUUGCGGAGGAGUAGCCAUGGAUAAUCAGAGAUAUCUCUAUGUCUCUGACGAAGAUAAACAUGAAGUAAGAAGAUAUAAAAUAGGAGAUAAGAAUGGGACUAUUGUUGCUGGUGGUAAUGGCAAUGGUACUGGUCUUAAUCAACUCGACCUUCCGAGCUACAUCUUUGUCGAUCAAGAACAGUCUGUCUACAUUUCAGACAACAACAAUCAUCGUGUGAUGAAAUGGAAUAAAGAUGCACACGAAGGAAUUGUCGUCGCUGGGGGUCACGGCAAAGGAAACGCUUUGACACAAUUGGCGUAUCCUCAAGGAAUAUUUGUCGAUACAUUGUAUACUGUCUAUGUGGCAGGCAUGCAUAAUCAUCGAGUGAUGCGUUGGCCUAAAGAAGCGAAAGAAGGUACUAUCAUCGUUGGUGGAAAGGGUGAAGGACCAGGAGCAAAUUAUCUUCGCUAUCCCUCAGGUAUAUUCUUCGAUCGAUAUGGUAAUCUCUAUGUUGCCGACAAUGGAAAUCAUCGUGUUCAACGAUUUUUUAUCGAAUAG